AUGGCCCUCGUCAAGUCCUUGGCCCUCGCCUUGCUGGCCUCUACGGCGGCAUCAACAGGCCAAUGGCGUGAUGCAGACACUGUCGCCAUUCCGCAUUCCUCCCCCGACUCCUUCUCCGCCCCGGCAGCCCGCCGCGACAACGACGACACCCCCCUCGACCGGAGAGCAACCGACCGCUCCCCCCGCCGCUACAUCCCCUCGUCCGUCGACUGCCCCAAGCAGCGCCCCUCGAUCCGCAACGGCUCCUCGCUGUCGCCUCAGGAACAGGAAUGGCUGCCGCGCCGCCGCAACGAGACCGUCCCCCACAUCCGCGCCCUGCUGAAGCGCAUCGCCAUCCCCGACUUCGACAGCGACCGCUACCUGCGCAAUGCCGAGUCCGACCCCACCGCCCUGCCCAACAUUGGCCUCGCUGUCUCGGGCGGCGGCUACCGCGCCAUGCUCAACGGUGCCGGUGUCCUCGCCGCCUGGGACAGCCGCUCCGACGGCAGCGAUGCAAAGGGUAACCUAGGCGGCCUGCUGCAGAGCGCCACCUACCUCUCGGGCCUCUCGGGCGGCGGCUGGCUUGUCGGCAGCAUCUACACAAACAACUUCACCUCGGUCAUGGACGCUGUCAACUCGCCCAACAUUUGGCAGUUUGAGCACUCCAUUCUCCAGGGCCCCGUCCAGUACAGCCUCUUGCAGUACUACAAAAACAUCCUCGACGACGUCGAGGGCAAGAAAGAUGCAAACUACGACACCUCCAUCACCGACUACUGGGGCCGCAUGCUCUCGUACCAGCUCGUCAGCACCCCCGACGGCGGGCCCGGCUUCACCUUUUCCUCCAUCGCCGACGACCCGGACUUCUCCUCGGCCAAGACGCCCCUGCCCUUUAUCAUCGCCGACGGCCGCGCCCCUGGCGAGAACCCCAUCUACAAGAACACGACCAUUUUCGAGUUCUCGCCCUGGGAGCUCGGCUCUUCCGACUUGUCGCUCAACGGCUUCGUGCCCCUCCGCUACGUCGGCUCCAAGUUUGACGGCGGCAAGCUGCCCGACGCCGAGAAGUGCAUCAACGGCUUCGACAACGUCGGCUUCGUCAUGGGUACUUCGAGCUCCCUCUUCAACAAGGUGGUCCUCUACCUCAAGGACAAGAAUAGCAGCUACGUGCCCCAGGACGUGCCCAGCUUCAUCGUCGACGCCCUCACCUCGGUCCUCGGCGCCCUCGGCGACAGCAACAACGACAUUGCCGACUGGACCCCCAACCCCUUCAAGGGCUGGAACCGCGGCCGCAACCUUGGCGUAGACUCGGACCGCCUCACCCUCGUCGACGGCGGCGAGGACGACCAGAACAUCCCCUACCACCCGCACCUCGUCCGCGACCGCUCCGUCGACGUCGUCUUCUCCGUCGACUCGUCGGCCGACACCGACUCGGGCUGGCCCGACGGCGCCUCGGCCAUGUCCACCUACCGCCGCUCCCUCGAGACAAACAUCACCGCCCCGACCUCGGCCUUUCCCGUCGUCCCCGGCAAGGACACCUUCCUCAACCUCGGCCUCAACACCCGCCCCGCCUUCUUCGGCUGCAACGCCUCAAACUCGUCGUCGCCCGCGCCCCCGCUCGUCGUCUACCUGCCAAACUACCCCUACGUCUACGCCUCCAACAUCUCCACCUUUCAAAUGUCCAUCUCGUCGCCCGAGCGCGACGCCCUGGUCCACAACGGCUGGGCCCUCGCCACCCAGCUCAACGCCACCCGCGACCCGGACUGGCCCGUCUGCGUCGGCUGCGCCAUGCUCGCCCGCAGCUUCGACCGCACAAACACGUCCGUCCCCGCAAAGUGCCGCCAGUGCUUCGACAAGUACUGCUGGGACGGCCGCAUCGACGAGGCCACUCCCCAGCCCUACCGGCCCCAGUUUGUCGGCACCCCCAUCAAGGUCGAGAGCGCCGGCUCCGUCGCGGGCCCGUCGACUCUCGCGACGACGGUCCUCAUGGCCAUUGGCGCAGCGGCGCUGGCCUUGGCGCUGUAG